AUGGACUACUCAAAUCGUGUUAAUUCCAAGAAGGGGGCAGGAGGAAUUGCAAGUACUGAAGAUCAAAAUGUGCACAGUAAGAAAAGGGUGCAAGAACUUUUGGCUACACAUAUUCUUGACAUUGAUAACGACCCCUAUGUAUUUCGAAAUCAUCUUGGAAUUUUGGAGUGCAAGUUGUGCUUGACUACCCACAAUAACGAAUCAUCUUAUAUCUCACACUUGGGAGGAAGAAAACACCACUUGAACCUCGAGCGAAGAAGAAUACUAGACGAGAAGCUGCGACAACAACAAGAGUUCCAACGAAAAGUUCAAGACCAAAUCAGUAUAAGCAAUGUGGAAAAGAGACAGUGGAAAAAGAUAGGACGGCCAGAGUACAAAGUUAUCAAAAUACGUGAUCCAGAAACCCUUCAGCUUGGUAUAUUAAUUACCGUGAAAUGUUCCAAGAUUACUAUUGAUGAACCAUUUUUCAGGUUGAUGUCGUUUUAUGAGUUGACGUCCAAGAAUCAGAACUUAGGUAUGAAAUUUAUCCAAGCGGCAAACCAAGAGGAAGAAGAAGAAGAUGAUGAUUUAAAGCCAAGUGAUGUACAAUAUCUUGUGAUUUCUGCAGAACCUUACGACAAUAUUGCCAUAAUUGUACCCAAUAAACAGGAAAUUGACAAGCCUCAAGAAGAAGGCAAGAUGUCCAAAACAUACUGGUGGUUUUGGGACAAUGAUACCAAGGAGUUCUUUUUACAGUUGUUGUAUAAAAAGUGA